CCUCACACGAUGCUGUCAUAUGCGUGACCACCGCCGCCGCCCCACCAUGAUGAAUCAGGAGAAUUUUUCUGACAUGGAACACCGGCUGGAUUGGUUCAAUGCAUGGAUGUUUCAAGAUUGUCGAUUACACACCGGCCUCCAUAAUGAUGUCGUGCACGCCGGCGAGCCGGCGAGGGAUCGUGCACGCCGGCGUCCCGAGGUGGAGAAGGUGCCAUUAGUUUCCUUUGUAAUGACGCCGUGCGGCGGUGCACAGCUUGUGACUGCAACAACAUGGGACGCUGACGAACGGCUGCAUACAACCAAUGGGCAUCUACUUCGACGGCGGCGAGGACGCUAAUGUAUGACCGCACACUGCGACGACAACGUACGAUGGACGGACGGAUGCAAUAUAGUUGCUCGCACAACUCCAUGAAUGAGAACCGUAGUGACAUGCAUGGA